GUGCACCAGCCUGCUAGUGGGGCGUACCAGAUGUUCGACUCAAUCUUGCUGCUCUCGGAGGGGAACUGUGUGUAUUUUGGGAGGGGGAGAGAUGCUAUGGACUACUUCGGGGAAGUCGGUUUCGUGCCGAGGUUUCACGUAAAUCCUGCGGAUUUCAUGCUCGACCUCGCUAACGGGUAUGUUCAAAUGGAGCACAGUGGUGACGCUGAGAAGUCAAGUUUGAAGCAAUCUCUAGUUUCAUCAUACAACAGAGCCCUGGCUCCAAAAGUAAAGGCCACUGUUACUGCUGCUCUCAGUAAUGCUGCUGCUGCUCCAGGAGAUGCUGUAACACUAGGAAGCCAAAGAUCAGGCAACCAAGAUCAAAAGAACCACAGCAGAAUAAACUGGUUCAGUCAAUUCACCAUCCUCUUCCACCGAAGUCUCAAAGAACGCCGCCACGAAACCUUCAACUCUCUCCGUGUAUUCCAAGUAAUCGUAACUGCACUUCUCGCUGGCUCAAUUUGGUGGCAUUCAAGCAUCCACAAUGUACAAGAUCGACUCGGCCUGCUCUUCUUCAUUGCCAUCUUUUGGGGAGUCUUCACAUCUUUUAAUGCCGUCUUCACUUUUCCACAAGAACGAGCAAUCUUCCUGAAAGAAAGAGCCUCAGGAAUGUACACACUAUCUUCGUAUUUUAUGGCGAGAAUGGCUGGUGAUCUCCCAAUGGAGCUAGUUCUUCCUACUGUGUUUGCCUUCAUUUUAUAUUGGAUGGCAGGACUUAGGCCUGAAAUUGCAGCGUUUUUGCUUACACUUGUCGUGCUUUUGGGUUAUGUACUUGUUACCCAAGGCCUUGGUUUGAUGGUGGGCGCAGUGAUUAUGGAUGCAAAGCAAGCAUCCAUGGUGGUAACGAUCACAAUGCUGAGUUUUCUAUUGACAGCGGGUUUCUAUGUUCAGCAUGUACCGAGUUGCUUGACUUGGUUAAAGUACACUUCCCUUACUUUUUACUGCUAUAGAUUACUCAUUGGAGUGCAAUAUAAAGGAAAUGAGAUGGAUCGUUAUUUGGGUCAAAAAUCCGCGGAAGAGGGGAUUUUGAGCCAGGUUAGUAUUGGAGAGAGCAUUAUAGCACUGAUUACUAUGUUUGCUGGAUACAGGAUUUUGGCUUACAUUGCUUUGAGACGCCUCAAAGUUUAAGCUGAUAAAAGGGGAGAUUGGUUUGGAAGUGGAACAUCCAGCUCCGGAGUCUGUUCAUCAGAAAUAAUGCAGUAAGCAACGAAAAGCCUAUAUUGAACAUAACAGUCGGCAGGAAAUGCAAAUUUUGUCGGCAGGAAAUGUAAAUUUUGUGCAAAUUGGCAAAUCCGAGAUUCUAACAUUAAAGCAACCGUGGAUGUAAUCGAUAUAAGAGAACACUGUAGGAAGCAUAAGUAGGUCGUUUCUGUUGCUAGAUAUAACAAUGACCAGCAACAUGUUGUGACGUUCAGCAGCAAAGU